GACUGUGGGGUUGAGGAUGGACAGGCAAGCCUGGGGUGGCAGCUUGGUGCCAGGCCUGGUCUAACCCGUUUUCCUGCUCCCAGUACCCCAGGCCAAGACUCCUGCCCACCUGAGUGCUGGGGCCAGGGAGGGGCCUGAAUGACCCAUUACUCCCAUGGGAACCGAGUGGGGCUGGUGACAUUCCUCAUGACUCAAGAAGGCUGUGCCCAUUCUAACUGGGGUGCCAAAAUGCCAGCUGUCACCUAUCUGCCUCACUGCCAGGUUUAGAAGGGGGUGCUUGUGGAGGGGGCAGCACAGACAAAGCCAUGGAGGUAGGGUAAAGUGGGGAGAGACCCUGAAGGCCCCACCCCAGGCAGAGGCCUCCAAGCUCAGCUCAUUUCCUUAAUGGAUCUAAUUACUGUUUGUGGAAAUGGGUGGUGCCUGGUGACAUGGGGAGCCAGUCCUUCCCCUCAGGGAGUUCCCAGGGAUUAGGGACCCCAGUGGUUUGACAUUUUGCCAACCACCCCAUGCCUUCCUGUGUCCACCAUACUCACCUCUCUCUGCCAAGAUGUGUGCAUUCUUACCCUAAGGAAAUUAGAGGAAAAUCCUGCUCCCCUCUCCAAGUUUCCUUCUCCAUUCAGAGGUUUCUCCCAUACCCACACCACUCAGUACCACUAUCCAGGACGUUAAAACCAACACUUUGAUGGUGACUAGCAAGGCAGGUGGGGAUUACAAGGGACCCAGCAUCUGCUUCUCUGUCCCAAAGAGGGAUCAGGGAAGUAAGAGGCACAGCCAUCUUGUCUAGGCACUAUGCCCACUGCUCUGCCUAGCAUCAUCCAGCGGGGCAGUGGUGCCCAGGUUGAGGAGGGAGGUGCAUAAUGAGACAGAACUUAUGGCUGGUUGGCAUGAUGCCACGUGGGGCCUUGGUGCUCAGUCCCUUAGCUCCCUGAUUUGUAGUGUCAGAUUACUGGGGACCUAAUUGCCCAUGGCCUUCAGGUGGAGGUCAGGGAACUCAAGGUAUAAAGGCCAAUGAUACUAUAGUGUGGGGAGAGGAGAGAGCCUGAGACUGCUGGGGUCAACCAAGACUGGCAUGUGGGCCAGCACACACACAACCUAGAUUCCUGUGUGUAUGCCACCCAUGAGUAGACGGUGGACAUAUUUGUGUGUGUGCCAUAGAACUUAUGCAUGUAUAUGCAUGAAGCCGCCAUACAUGCGUAUGUGAGGGCAGGUCCUGUCGGACUGGCCUUGGGGGUGGACUGGCAGCGGCAGGGAAGCAUGCUGGGAGAAGCGAGGGAGGGUGUCUCUUGGGAGGGAUCCCUCCCACUUUCACCCUACGCUUCCAUCCCUUCUCUCUCUCCUCCCGGCUGGUGAAUUAUGGGGGAUGGACGGAGGAAAUCCGGGCCUGGGUCUGGGAGUCGCUGGGGCCUGCGCCGUUUCUGUGGCAACCAAAGCCCUGCGGCGAGAGGGCUACACGGUCCAGGUGAAUGUGAACGAUUACCUGGAUAUUUACUGCCCGCACUACAACAGCUCGGGGGUGGGCCCCGGGGCGGGGCCGGGGCCCGGCGGCGGGGCGGAGCAGUACGUGCUGUACAUGGUGAGCCGGAGCGGCUACCGCACCUGCAACGCCAGCCAAGGCUUCAAGCGCUGGGAGUGCAACCGGCCGCACGCGCCCCACAGCCCCAUCAAGUUCUCGGAGAAGUUCCAGCGCUACAGCGCCUUCUCGCUGGGCUACGAGUUCCACGCCGGCCAGGAGUACUACUACAUCUCCACGCCCACCCACAACCUGCACUGGAAGUGUCUGAGGAUGAAGGUGUUCGUCUGCUGCGCCUCCACAUCGCACUCCGGGGAGAAGCCGGUCCCCACUCUCCCCCAGUUCACCAUGGGCCCCAAUGUGAAGAUCAACGUGCUGGAAGACUUUGAGGGAGAGAACCCCCAGGUGCCCAAGCUUGAGAAGAGCAUCAGCGGGACCAGCCCCAAACGGGAACACCUGCCCCUGGCCGUGGGCAUCGCCUUCUUCCUCAUGACACUCUUGGCCUCCUAGCUCUGCCCCCUCCCUUGGCAGAGAGAGAUGGGACGGGGCUGGGAAGGAACAGGGAGCUUUUGGCCUCUUCAAGGGAAGGCUAGCUGUGGAGCCUAGACCCCUCCUCCCAUGGCUGAAAGUGAGGGGUCUACACCAUAUAUCUGUGCCCACCUCCUCUGCCCUCUCCCCCCAGGUAGGGCACUGUAGUGGAACCAGGCACAGGGACAGCCAUGGGUCCCGGGUGGCCUUGUGGCUCUGGUAAUGUUUGGUACCAAACUUGGGGGCCAUAAAGGGCAGCGCUCAGGACUCCCUGCCCCCAGGUACCUUUCCCUGACUCCUGGUGCCCUCCCUCUUUGUCCCCCAGAGAGACAAAUAUGCCUCCAGAGAGAGCAAAUCGAAGCGUGGGAGGCACCCCUAUUGCUCUCCUCCAGGGGCAGAACAUGGGGAGGGGACUAGAUGGGUGAGAGGGUAGCACCACGCGCUGCCCCCUUCCCCUGUUUACAGCAAUAAGCACGUCCUCCUCCCCCUACUCCCACUUCCAGGAUUGUGGUUUGGAUCAAAUCCGAGUUUACAAGUAGACACCCCUGGGGGGCGGGCAGUGGACAAGGAUGGAAAGGGGUGGGCAUUGGGGUGCCAGGCAGGCAUGUACAGACUCUAUAUCUCUAUAUAUAAUGUACAGACAGACAGAUCCCUCUCCCUCUUAACCCCCUGACCUUUCUCAACUUCCCCUUCCAGCUUCAGACCCCUUCCCCACCAGGCUAGGCCCCCUACACCCAGGGGGACCCCCUGGCCCCUCUUUUGUCUUCUGUGAAGACAGGACCUAUGCAACGCACAGACACUUUUGGAGACCGUGAGACAACAAUGCCCCCUCCCUUCCAGCCCUGAGCCGGGAACCAUCUCCCAGGACCUUGCCCUGCUCACCUUAUGUGGUCCCCACCCAUCCUCCUGGGCCUUUUUCAAGUGCUUUGGCUGUGACUUUCAUACUCUGCUCUUAGUCUAAAAAAAUAAACUGGAGAUAAAAAUAA